GAGGCACCGCGCAGCCCCCGCUGCUAUAAACGGGGCUGAGCGGGGCUGGAGCUGCAAAGGCAGAGCCCGGCCCCGGCAGGCACAGCCAUGGGGAGCCUCCGCUGCUGCCUCCUGCUCGCCCUGGCCCUGCUGGGCCCCCACCCCGCUGCCGCCGGGAAGUGUGACCUGCAGGGCCUCUGGAGGAACGAGCUGGGCUCCAACAUGACCCUCUUGGCCCUGGACAUGGACGGGACCUUCUCCGGCUCCUACCACACCGCGGUGGCAGCCACCGACAAGCAGAUCCUGGUGUCCCCUCUGCAAGGAGCCCUGCAGCCUCCCGGCACCAAGGGGCAGCAGCCCACCUUCGGCUUCACCGUGCAGUGGCAGUUUGCAGCCCCCAUUUCACCCCACGCAGACUCCACCACCGUCUUUGUGGGCCAGUGCUUCGUGGACCGCCGCGGGAAGGAGGUGCUGGAGACCGCCUGGCUCCUGCGGGAAGGGGUCCCCUCCCGCAGGGACGUCUGGAAGGCCACCAGGGUUGGCACCUCCGUCUUCACUCGCGUCAAGUGAUGGGGACCCAGCCGCCUGCACCCCAUGGUCCUGGGGCUCUCCGCUGUCCUGCUGCCCGCUGGCUCCCUCCCAGUGCCUCCCAGUGCUUCCCAGCGCCUCCCAGCGACCCUGCAGCACGAGCCAAAUAAACCCUGCUGUGCUCAGCAGACCUUU